AUGGCUCAGAAUCCCCUGUUAGGAAAUCGAAUCUCCUUGAUUUCGAAAAAGGAUAUACGAUACGAAGGAAUUUUAUACUCCAUUAAUGAAGCGGACUCCACGUUAGCCCUCCAAAAUGUCCGAGCGUUCGGCACGGAAGGACGCGAGAAAGUUGAUUCAUCGAAUUAUAUAGGGCCUCAAGAUGCUGUCCACCCUUAUUUGCUGUUCAGAGGGUGUGACAUUAAAGAUUUACAUGUCCACGAAAGUGAGGCGAAGUUAGAAAAGACCAGGGCACCUGAGGCGGCACACCACACCGCGCACACGAAUGCUACCGUUUCUGAUAAAUCAAAUACACAGCCGCAAGUGGAUUCGUCGGCAACUCACGGGAAGGAUGACACGAAGGUCGCUCAAAAAACAAAACCAGUGAUAGUGGAACAAGGUAAUAUUGGAUCAAACAAAUCGAAGCAGUCUAGAAAGUCGAUCCCAGUUCACCAGGUGGGGACUGGGGCUAGUUUAUUAAGUCGAAAAGCAAGAGGAAGCGUUACUGUUGUUCCUGCAACGCCGAGCGAAGAAUUUGAUAUUCAAUCGAAGUUGGCGGAAUUCACAAAAGAUGUACCAUCAAAAGAUCAGUCUGACGACACCGGCGAUAUUCUCGAACCAUCCAAGUCAUAUGAGAAGGAUGACUUUUUUGACUCGAUUUCGUGCGAUUCGUUGGAUAACCAGCACGGAAUUGACAAUCGAUUGCGGGGUGCAAAAGAACGAAACCUAAAUACAGAAACGUUUGGUGCUGUCGCUCUGAACUCGCAGCGCCGUCGUCGACGUGGGGGUGGACGUGGGGGUAGAGGCCGCGGAAGAGGUGGACGGGGAAGGGGCCGCGGACGAAAUGGAAAUCGUUGGGGGUUGAGCAACAGUUCUGACUCAAGACCACAAGCCGCCACUUCAUGA